AUGGAACGAGGAGUAAUCUUUUUAUGUUUUCUUUUGUUUGCACUUGAUGCUGUUGAUGGCUUCCCAAUGAAUGAUUUGAUAAGCAAACUGCCGGGACAACCAGACGUUAGUUUCAGGCAAUUUGCUGGGCAUAUUGAUGUGGAUGAAAAAGCCGGUCGGAGUCUUUUUUACUAUUUUGUUGAAGCUGAAAAGGAUCCCAUGAAUCAACCUCUCACCAUUUGGCUAACAGGAGGACCAGGGUGCUCUUCGGUUGGAGAUGCGUUUGCAAGCGUUGGCCCUUUCAUUACUACAAAUAAUGCCCGUGGUCUCCAGAGAAAUUUAUUGUCUUGGAACAAAGUGUCAAAUCUCUUGUUCAUUGACUCCCCUAUCGGAUCUGGAUGGUCGUAUUCAAACACAAGCAGUGAUUAUACUAAUGGAGAUGAUAGCACUAAUAAAAAUUUGUUCACAUUCAUGCUAAAAUGGUAUGAAAAGUAUCCAGAUUUCAAGUCCAGAGAUUUAUAUCUCGCCGGAUCAAGUUUUGCAGGACACUUCGUACCUAAUUUUGCUAAUUCUCUACUUGAUUACAACAAACAAUCAAAGGGUUUGAAGUUUAACGUCAAAGGAUUGGCCUUGGGAAACCCAAUGCUUCGUAGAAAGCUAGACAUUCUGGCAAGAUUUGAUUUCUUUUUCUCGCGGGGAAUGAUUAAUAGUGAAUUGCACCAACAAAUCGUGAAAGAAUGCAACGCCAUCGACGAAAACAAUUACUUUGCUAACAUUGCGGUCGAUUGGUCUGCGCCAUGCACACAACUCAUGAGUAAAGCACCUCUGGUUGCUUUCAAGACGGAUGAUCCUAGAGCCGCCGAGGGCAAACUCUUUGAUGUCCUUCGCGAUCAUUGUGACGGAAACUUGGAAGACUUGAAGUCUGGCAAAGAGGUUACUAUGGUUAGCUAUGAAGUAGAAAUGUGUCUUCCAUUAAGGCCGGAUUUCUAUUUCAAUCAGCCGGAAGUUCAAAAAGCCUUUCAUGGGAACCGAACCAACUUGUCAUAUGCAUGGAGUGGUUGUUUCUCGGACAAUUUUAAGUACAACGAAUCUGAUAAAGACCUUGACAUGCUUCCUGCGCUUAAAAUGAUUCUUCAACAAUCGGUUCCCAUUACAAUAUUCAGUGGGGAUCAAGACGGUAUAAUACCAACAAUGGGAACCUUAAACCAUUUAAACAAGCUGGCUGAGGAAUUAAAUAUCAAAUUGAUAAAAGAUGAAGCUUGGAAACAUGAAAACAAGGAUGGAGGAUGGAAGUACAUAUUUGGAGACUUACUGACUUACAUGACCGUCAAGGGAGCUAAUCACCAUGCCACAUUUUCUCGACCAUCCGAAGCCUUAUUUAUUUUCACAAAUUUCACAAUUAAUCGAAUGCAUUGA